AUGACUCUGUGCAAAGACACAAAGAAACACCCAUUUUGUGAUCCGUCAUCACUAAGUAAAUGGUCAGAGAGAGUAGGUAGUGAACUGAGAUUUUACACAGACAGACAGACAGACAGACAGACAGACAGACAGACAGACAGACAGACAGACAGACAGACAAGAGAACAGCCACAGCUCAGGUCAGGGCCUGAGAGGUCAGCGCAGGGCAGAAGAGGUCAGCGCAGGGCAGGAGAGGUCAGGUCAGGGCAGAAGAGGUCAGGUCAGGGCAGAAGAGGUCAGGUCAGGGCAGAAGAGGUCAGGUCAGGGCAGAAGAGGUCAGGGCAGGGCAGAAGAGGUCAGGGCAGGGUAGGAGAGGUCAGGGCAGGGCAGAAGAGGUCAGGGCAGGUCAGGUCAGAUGAGAUCACGGCAGGGCAGAAGAGGUCAGGGCAGGGUAGGAGAGGUCAGGGCAGGGUAAGAGGGGUCAGGGCAGGUCAGGGCAGAAGAGGUCAGGGCAGGGCAGAAGAGGUCAGGGCAGGGCAGGGCAGAAGAGGUCAGGUCAGGGCAGGGCAGAAGAGGUCAGGGCAGGGCAGAAGAGGUCAGGGCAGGGCAGGGCAGAAGAGGUCAGGUCAGGGCAGGGCAGAAGAGGUCAGGGCAGGGCAGGGCAGAAGAGGUCAGGUCAGGGCAGAAGAGGUCAGGUCAGGGCAGGGCAGAAGAGGUCAGGUCAGGGCAGGGCAGAAGAGGUCAGGGCAGGGCAGGGCAGAAGAGGUCAGGUCAGGGCAGGGCAGAAGAGGUCAGGGCAGGGCAGGGCAGAAGAGGUCAGGUCAGGGCAGGGCAGAAGAGGUCAGGGCAGGGCAGGGCAGAAGAGGUCAGGUCAGGGCAGGGCAGAAGAGGUCAGGGCAGGGUAGGAGAGGUCAGGGCAGGGCAGAAGAGGUCAGGGCAGGGUAGGAGAGGUCAGGGCAGGGCAGAAGAGGUCAGGGCAGGGUAGGAGAGGUCAGGGCAGGGCAGAAGAGGUCAGGGCAGGGUAGGAGAGGUCAGGGCAGGGCAGAAGAGGUCAGGGCAGGGUAGGAGAGGUCAGGGCAGGGCAGAAGAGGUCA